GAGCGACUUUGACGACGAUGGCCAAACCAAAGCCCAAUGGUGCUCCAGCCAAGUCGGCUCCAGCCAAACCGGCUGCUUCUUCAGCCAAGAAGACCAAGUCAUCGACCUCUGCUGCUGCUGCUCCUGUUGCUGCUGCUGCUACGACUGGGACGACUGCGGAUGGCCGCUUUGCCCACGUCGCGUACGACCCGCGCUUCAAGACUCUGCCAAGCAAAAAGUCGCGCAUUCCCAUCGAGUCGCGCUUCAAGGCCAUGUUCAACGACGAUCGAUUCAAUCCCAAAUUCACCGUGGACAAGCGCGGUCGUCGAAUUGACAGCACUGCAGUGGCAAUGCGCAAAGACGAUCUCUCGCGCUUUUACGAGCUACAAGAUGAGGAGGGCAAUGCAGCAAGCGACGACGACGACCAAGACGACCAAGACGACCAAGAAGACCAAGACGAUGGCGAGGACGAAUCGGACGUGGACGACUCGGAAGCACCCGAAUUGGACGAGCAAGCCAAGCGAUACGCGCGGGCACGCGGUCUUGUCGACGCUUCCUCGUCGGAAGACGAAGAUGCCGACGCGGACGACAGCGCCGAUGACGCAGACGCCGCAGAGCUUGGAGCAGAGGACGAAGAAUCAGACCCGUGGGCCCUCGACCAAGAGGAAGUGCCGAUGGGCGACGAUGUCACGAGCCGCCUUGCCGUUUGCAAUUUAGACUGGGAUCACUUGCGUGCGGUCGACCUGCUCGUGCUCUUCAACUCCUUCAAGCCUGCCGGUGGCACAAUCCGAAGCGUGACCGUCUAUCCCUCACGUUUCGGUGCCAACCGCAUGGCGAUUGAAGAUCGUGAAGGUCCGUUUGCCGCCAUGGCGCGCGAAGGCCGUCUUCCCGCCGCCGCCGCCGCCGCAGCCGACGACGACGACAACGACAACGACAACGACGACGACAACGACAACAACGACAACGAAGAGGCAUUCUCAUCCAACGACAAGGCCGAUUCCAACAAGCAGCUGCGCAAGUAUCAAUUGUCGCGCAUGCGCUACUACUAUGCCAUCAUUGACUGCGACACCCCCGAGACUGCAAACGCCAUUUACGAUCAGUGCGACGGCUUGGAACUCGAAGCAUCCAGCAACGUGGUGGAUCUCCGCUUUGUGCCAGAUGACGAAACAUUCGACGAAUUCCCGCCCCGAGACUCGUCGACCGAGCUGCCUGCAGCAGCCAGCUUCCGGCCGCCAGAGUUUUACUCCUCAGCCCUGCAAUCCUCACGCGUCAAGCUCACUUGGGACGAAGACGACGAUCAGCGCGUUGCCUUUACGCGUCGCAAGUUCACCAAGGAAGAUGUGCAAGAGAAUGACAUUCGAGCCUACCUUGCCAGCGACAAUAGCGAUGACGACGAGGAUGACGACGAGGAUGACAAUGACGAUGCUCCUGCGGCCCGCAAGUCCAAGUCUGCUGGCUCAGGAUUUGUCAUUGAAGAGCCCGCCUUUACAAUCGAAGAGCCUGCCGGCGUGGCACAAAGCGAUUCCGAGGGCGAAGCGACUACUGCGAACGCAGACGACGAUUUCUUCAAGCCGGCGGCAGCCACAGGCAACUCCAAGAAGAAGCAGCGCAAGGCCGACACUGCUGCCAAGUAUCGAGAGCUUUUGGCUGGCUUCAAGAGCGACAGCAUGAGCGGGCGAAAUCGUGAUCGCCACUUUGCCGCGUCUGCCGCUGCCCAGGCUGGCGACGACGACGAUGGCGAUGCCAGCAAUCCCCAGGAGAUGCAAAUUACGUUUGCCCCCGGCCUGCGUGCGGCGGCCGAAGAAGCUCUGAAGCGCAAGGACGAGAAGGAGCGCUCGGCAAACAGCGACCUCACCGUGUGGGAGCAGCGCCUGGAGCGCAUGCGUGAGCGCAAGCGUCUGCGUCGCCGCGAGCUCGCCUCCCAGUACAAGAGCAAGGCCGAUGGCGAGGACGCUGAAGAUCGUAGCUACGGUGGCGCGCGCGGCGAGCCCACCGCCACCUUCAGCGACGACGAGGUGGAUGUCGACAUGAACGACCCGUACUUUAAGAAUGCAAUGGCGGCCGAGUUUGGCGCAGACUUUGCUGGUGGCAACGCCAAGUCGGCAAACGCAAACGCAAAGGGCAAGGGCAAGAAGCAGUCCAAAAAGCCCGUGCUGCUCUCCGCCGAAGAGCAAGCCCAGCAGGCCAAGGAGCGGGCAGAGCUCGAGCUGCUCAUGCUGGACGAGAAGCCGUCCGAGUUGGUUGGCAAGCACUUUAGCCUCGCCAAAAUCAUCGACAGCGAGAAGGGCAAGAAGGGCAAGAAGGGCAAGAAGGGCAAGCAGGCUGCUGCUGGAGGUGCCGACUCUGACGAAGAGACUGGCGCCCAGGACGACUUCCGUCUGAAUGUGAACGACGAUCGCUUCAAGUCGCUCUUCUCGUCUGCCGACUUUAGCAUCGACCCGACCAACCCCAAGUUCAAAAAGACCAAGGCCAUGCAGACCAUUUUGGACGAGCGCACCCGACGACGCACCGAGGUCGAAGAAGCGCGCGAUCGCGGCCAAACCCUUCCUCCAGCAGAGCCCUCCAACAAGAAGGCCCAACAAGGUCAGGCGGCGGCAGGUGGCCGGCGAAUGGACCCCAACCUCUCCCUGCUGGUGAACUCUGUCAAGCGAAAGGCCCAAGACGCGCUCGUUGCUCAACAGCCGAAAAAGGCGCGUGUUUGAUUGAUGUGGUAUUAUUUUUUUGGUGGAUUACACGACGUUCGUUUUUUUUU